UAUGAAAACAUGUCCCCAAAUCUCCUCUUUCGAAUGGUGAAAAUUGAAGCUCUUUAGCUUUUUCCUAUCGAAAGUUAUUCAAAAAACAGUCAUAUACCAUUCUUUUUUUGGAUGGACAAUAGAUAAUAUUGCGCCUAGCAACUCUGAUGUCAGUCUGAGUACUGAAAUGUAAGUAUCUAAGAUUCAGAUUAUAAAAGUAAAGGAAAUAAGAGUUUAAGGAUUGAAAAAAACAAAAAUUUAAAGAAAUAGUGAAAUAAUAGUAUAGAGAUUGAAAGAAUUAAGUAUCAAGCAGGCCAGAGAACAGCUAAAAGAAUUUAAACUUUAGGAUUUUCAGAUUUUUAAGAGAUAUCCGGAAUUUUCAGUGCUCUUUCCAUUGUGCGGGGCAAGCGAAUAUAUACUUGAUUAUCCAAAUAACAAAAGAAUGCAAGUGAGAUAGAGGGAGGGGUGGGGAGUGUAGCUCAGAGUGAGCUACGGUUUAUUAUCAUGACGUAUAGGUUUAAGAGUUUGAAAGUCUUAAAGUGAAAAUAAACAAUUUUUUUUAUACCAUCACACAUGGUGUGUAUAGCAUGCACAUAAGAGUAACUCCCUCCCCAGAAUAGAAGGUCAUCCUUAAUACAAGGCUGUAUAUGUAGUAGAAGUUAAAUUAUUAUGAUUAUAGACCGUAUACAUGUCUCCAAACUUCUGUGAUAAGUGAUUUUUACUCAAGAGUCUAGUUUCAAAAUUUCUUAAAGGAUUUUUUACUAAAAAUCUAGUAAUAUCUUAAAAUUUAUCUCAUUAUUUAUUUCAGAAGAAAUUUAUUGUUUGUUGUUUAUACAAUUUAUUUUAUAAUUAUAGGUUCCUUAAUGGAAAAGGAUAUAUGGAAUCAGUAGCAAAAGCAAUGUUAGCUGCUAAAGAAGAAAUAUUUAUUGCAAGUUGGUGGUUAUCGCCAGAAUUGAAUCUCAUACGAUCAACAAAUGAUGAUCAAUCAUUUCGAAUAGAUAAUAUUCUUGAAAAAAAAGCGAAUGAAGGCGUUCGUAUCUACAUUCUAGUAUUUAAAGAAUUACCAUUUAGUUUACCUUUAAAUAGUUUACAUACAAAACGUGCUUUAACUGCAAAAAAUAAGAAAAACAUUAAAGUAAUUCGUCAUCCUGAUCACACAACGAUUUCUGGCGAAUCCUUAAUAUGGGUUCAUCAUGAAAAAUUUGUUGUUAUUGAUCAAAAAGUUGCAUUUAUUGGUGGUAUUGAUCUUUGUUUCGGACGAUGGGAUGAUGAUGAUAUGAGGUAUGACUUGUUGUGUGUAAGGACACUCUCUCUCCCCCUGUUUUCACCGUCGUGGCAAAUGUGGAAGCAAAGAUCCGAUUGAGCUCGAAUUAGGCCUGUAAAAGUUCACGUUUCGCUCCUUGAACGUGAACGCUAAAGCACGUUCACGUUCUGAUGGACGUAAACUUUAUUUACAUCAACGGUGUUCGUAUUAUCUGAGGUAAAUGUAAGAUUCUGUGAAUAACGGUAUUGUUAGCGGACUCCUCUGUCACCGCUAACCAUGUGCACAGUUAUAUUCGUUGUUUUUUUUAUUUCUUCGUCACUUAGUCACUCUUGUACUGACUAUAGUCUUUUAUAUUAGUUCACCGUCCUCUUCUUAUUUCUCUUCUUUAUUGAAUUGCAUAGUAAUUGCAUAGUAAACAUUGAAUUGCAGGUAAAACAUAGUAGAUCUUGAUAUUCUGGCAUAAUUUGGAUGGAUCUCGGCUAGUUUAUGAAUUUUUUAGUUUUUCUCAGAAAUAGGCAAAAAUCAAUCAUUUCACUUAAUAUGGGUUUUCACUAGGUUUCUGGAACUUAUUUGAAAAACAAAUGUGGCCAUGAGUUUCAGCGUGGUCGAUUGUCUAUGUUUCCAUCCGUUUUCGGAAUUACUACACCUAAAGAAAUAUUGAUCUUGGGACUCUCAAGAAAUCCGAUGCCACGCCUGAACCGGCAAAAAUUAAAAGUUCACUUAGUUCUCAGUUUAGAGAGGACACUUUAGACUACCUAUUUGUAAAAAGAAGUCAAGAGAUUUCUAUGUCAGUUUCUAGAGAUCUGAGUUGGUUUUUAAAAGAUCAUCAGAAAAAUCGAUCUUUCAAAUAAUUCCGGAAAGGAGUUUUACUUGUGGAAAUAUAGCUUAAGGGGUCCUCUUUUAACUUUUGAAAACUGCAAGUUUCUAUCAUUUGUCAUCGUUGAGUUAUUCAAAAAACAACCGAGUGUCUUGUAUUUUGGCGCCUAUAGUAGUAUGUAAUAAAAACGAACAGAAACUCUAUUUACAUUCGAAGAAUAAAAUUAACUUAUGCGUAGGUCAGCCUUAAAAUAAUUUUCAUUCCACGCAAGAUAAACAUCGUUAGUAUAAAAUCAGGAUGGUAAUGUAACCAGAUUAGACAGAUUAGUGAAAGAACACAUUUUGUAUGUCGAUCACUGUUUCAGGGCACUUGUGUCGAUGCUUAUAUCUCUACGCAAAUCAUUCGAAAAUUUUGAAAAAUGUCUCGUUGUGAAGAGAACACGUUCUUAUAUCAGACUAUCUACUGUAUCAUAAAAAAUUUUGAAUACAUCGAAAAGAUGGGAAAAAUUUGCGAACGUAGAAACUUAAGAUUCAUUGUGCUUUCGAAUAAAAACUUAAAAAAUUUCAUAAUAUUUUUAAGGAAGAUCGUGACACACUAGCAGAGUGAUCUCAGUUUUUAACCCUAGACUUUCCUCUGCAUUAAGUCAUGUGAAACUCAAAAUCGAAAAUUGUUGGAAAAAUGAAGACGUGGUAUCCUUAAAUAUCAUUCGUGUGUUUGAUUCUGAAUUCAAAUAGCACUGGUUGACCAAGAAAAGAAGAGUUAAAAAACAUUUUACACCAAAAUAACAACUUAUUAUAUGCAUGGUUAGAUAAAACUAACGAGGGAACCUCACCAACUGAUACCCUCCGGGUGAGCUCAUACUUUGCUCAUAGGUAGGACUCAUAGUGUAGAUAAAAACUCUAAAAGGAUUCAUCCCCUUGACUCUUGAAGACCUGGUUUUC